AUGCCGAUGGCAGAAGCUCCUCACGCCGAGAGAGUUUGUUCCUUCCGGUGUCCGUUCCUGCUGAUACUGUUCAAUGCCCCUUCUCGGGAUUGCCCUGCACCUGCCAGGUUACUCGCUUUAUUCGAGCUUCCUGAGUCUCUUGUCGCCGUCCAUAAGGUGAUCCGGGUCUUUAAAUUCAAGUCCUUCAAUAUGCGGUUCCUCCCAAUUAUUUUCUCUGUUCUUGCUCCGCUGGCUGCGGCCAUUGAAAUUACUAACCCUGAGUCAAACACCCCUGUUGCGGCCGGUCAAGACGUGAAAGUGACAUGGACCUUCGUCGAUACGGAUCCGCAUACCUUGAGCUUAUAUCUCGUCAACUUUGUCGAGUAUCCACCAACCUAUGUUCCACUUGCAAUCGAUGUUAAAACACACAAGGCCCACCACGAAGUUCAUGUCCCCUGCGACACCAUGCCUGCCCACGGAUACCAAAUUAAUGCCAUCAACGGAACGAACGUUUAUGUGAUUUACGCCCAAAGUGAACACUUCAAGGUUUCCGAGCACCGUGGAAAGGGCGACUGCGGCCACGAUGACCGACAAGACGACGAUAAACGAGAGGAUGGUAAACCAGAUGAUGAUAAACGCGAUGGUGAUAAACAUGGUGAUGGAAACCCAGAUGGCAGAAAAGAUGAUGAUAAACGAAAUGACGGAAAACAAGGCCAUGAAAAGCCAGAUGGCAGGCAACAUGAUGAUAAACAGGAUGAUGAGAAUCGAGGCGGCGGCAGAAAAGAUGAUGGUAAACGAAGCGACGACCGACAAGGCGAUGGUGGACGAGCUGGAUUUAGGCGACGCCUCUAA